UUAGGUGCAGAUCCCCCUGGAGGGAUGGGAUUGGCCAAUGAGAGUUCCCUAAUGGAUUUUAUCCUUCUAGGCUUCUCAGACCACCCUCGUCUGGAGGCUGUUUUCUUUGUAUUUGUCCUUUUCUUCUACCUCCUGACCCUUGUGGGAAACUUCACCAUAAUCAUCAUCUCGUGUCGGGAUCCCCUUCUUCACACCCCGAUGUACUUCUUUCUCAGCAACCUCUCUUUACUGGACAUCUGCUUCACUACUAGCCUUGCUCCUCAGAUCUUAGUUAACCUGCGAGGACCAAAGACCAUCACUUACGGUGGUUGUGUGGCACAGCUCUAUAUUUCUCUUGCACUGGGCUCCACUGAAUGUAUCCUCUUGGCUGUCAUGGCCUUGGAUCGGUACGUUGCUGUCUGCAAACCCCUCCACUAUGUAGUCAUCAUGAACCCACGGCUAUGCCAACAGCUGGCAUCUAUCUCCUGGCUCAGUGGUUUGGCCAAUUCCCUGAUCCAUGCAACUUUUACCUUGCAAUUGCCUCUCUGUGAAAACCAUAGGCUGGAUCAUUUUAUUUGCGAAGUACCAGCUCUCCUCAAGUUGGCUUGUGUGGACGCCACUGUCAAUGAAUUGGUGCUUUUUGUUGUUAGUGUUCUGUUUCUUGUCAUUCCACCAGCACUCAUCUUCAUGUCCUAUGGCUUCAUAACUCAAGCUGUGCUGAGGAUCAAAUCAGUAGAGGCAAGGCAUAAAGCUUUCAGCACCUGCUCCUCCCACCUUACAGUGGUGAUUGUUUUCUAUGGCACCAUAAUCUACAUAUACCUGCAACCCAGUGAAAGCUAUGCCCAGGACCAAGGGAAGUUUAUCUCCCUCUUCUACACCAUGGUGACCCCCACUUUAAAUCCUAUCAUCUACACUUUAAGGAACAAGGAUGUGAAAGAGGCUCUGAGGAAACUUCUCUCGGGAAAAUUGUGAUUCCUAUGGAUGUGAUAUGCAAAG